AUGCGGCCCUCUGCUCCCCUCCCGCUGCUAUUAUCCGUCUCCUCAGCAGCAAACGCGAUCCCCCUCAUCGAUCGCCUCCUACAUCUCCGUGGCAGGAAUCCAACAAAGACCUACUCGGUUGUCAAUGUUGAGGGAAAUCCCAGCAACGACCCGCCAGUCGUCACCAUCACAAGGUCGCUGGUCCAGACGACGGUGACGGAAAGCGUGACGGUAUCCGUCCCUCAGAUCACGCCUCCGGCCCAGACAACAUCUACAACCCUCAUCAUUGUGAACGUCGAUGGGACUACCGACAGCGGCCCAGUGACCGUCACCGUCUACCCCAGUGUAAAGCCUACCCCUGGAUCAACACCCUUGACGUCCACGACGACGGUAGCAACACCACCACCAGCCGCCCCUCCGCCGAGUUCUACUGAGCCAGAGCAGCCUUCGCUUGCGCCGUCAACUCAUGCCUCGGAGUCUUCUCGGCCGGCGGCCUCAUCAUCAGUACCGCCUGUCAUUCCUUCGAGCAUUGGCAGCCCUUCAUCGAACCCGACACCAUCCUCGAGCGCCCCUAUCGUGGUGCCUCCUUCGUCAACCGAAACUCAUGCUACCCCGACUGCGUCUCCGUUGCCGUCUGUCAGUUCUUCUGCGGGAGCAGUCGAGCCUCCUCCGCCAACGUGGACACCCGUCUUCCCAUCAUCUCCAUCAUCAUCAGCUACAGCACUCUCCAGCUCCUCCACGGCCGUUGUGGUCCCUCCUCAGUCAUCACCAACAUGGGCAGCUCCAAGCGAGCCGGCAUCAACGCCACCUGGGUCAUCAGCGAUCGUCGUCCAGCCUCCCCAGCCAACAGCAACCCCAGUCGUACCGACAUCUUAUGUCGCUCCUCCAGUAGAGCCGUCAUCCGUUCCUCCGUCCAACAUGACAUCGUCAUCAUCAACCUCGACGACGCCAACAUGGACCUCUACUCUGGUAACAAGCACGAGUAUCUCAGAGGCUCACACUCCCCUGACUCCCACUCAGGUUUAUGAGACUACCUACCAGACGUCAUGGGUGUUGACGCCCAGCCCUUUCCCUCAACCAUCCACCUUUGUCACUAGCACCCUCAGCGUGACGACCCCUUCCCCGGUCCCGGCAGCUAGCAAGAGCUUCGAUGAUGGUGACUGGUCUACUAGCAAGUACCCUGAAUGGAACGGCACCGCUAGUGCGACCCCACGCUACCGCCGGUGA